GCAGCCGGCUAGCUCAGCCGUUUCUAUGCAGCCGGGCUGACAAGCAGCUCACUCACGGCGUUACUUAUAAAAUGACCCGUGUUUUAAAAACUUUUUAACAUGUUCUAACUCUUUCCAAGUGCUUUUCAGCCUGAAGAUACGGUUAUGUUUUUGGAGGAUGGAAACGGAGGACGUGUCGGUUAGAGAGCAACUUUUCCACAACCGUGUCAGGGAGACCAUAAUCUGUGUACUCCUGUUUACAUGUCUUUACAUGGUGGCCUACAUCAUCCUGACCCACUUCAAGAAGGCUGCAGAGUUCGUCACAGAUGAUAUCGAGGAUGCCACGGUCAACAAAAUUGCGCUGUGGUUGUGCACGUUCACCCUGUCAGUCGCGGUGUGUGCUGUGCUCCUUCUCCCCAUUUCCAUUUUGUCCAAUGAGGUGCUGCUCACAUUCCCACAGAGCUACUACAUGCAGUGGCUCAAUGGAUCUCUUAUCCACGGAUUGUGGAACCUAGUUUUCCUUUUCUCCAAUCUGUCCCUGGUCUUCCUCAUGCCCUUUGCAUACUUCUUCACAGAGUCUGAAGGGUUUGCAGGGUCCAGAAAGGGGGUCAUGGCACGAGUUUAUGAAGCAGUGGUGCUGCUCUUGCUGCUGGCUCUGCUCGUGCUGGGCAUUGUGUGGGUUGCAUCAGCCCUGCUCCAUGACAACAUAGCCAGGAAAAGUCUCUACGACCUGUGGGAGUAUUACCUUCCCUACCUAUACUCAGGCAUCUCUCUGUUUGGAGUGUUGCUGCUCUUGUUGUGCACUCCCUUUGGCUUGUCCCGAAUGUUCAGUGUAACUGGCAGCCUAUUGGUCAAACCGCGGCUGUUGGAAGAUGUCGAUGAAACUUUGAACUGCACCACAUUUGAGGAAGACGCCCUCUCUAGGAAACUGAACUGUAGCAGUACAUCAUGCUGGGUUAAACUCAAUUUGGAAGCGAUGAAGAGAGAGUACCAAGCAGUCCAGAGCAAGCGCAUCGCCCUUGAGAUGCGUAGGAAGGCGUCCCCAUGGCAGAGAAACUUGGGCUAUCCGCUGGCCAUGCUCAUGCUCCUCGCACUGACGGUGAUGUGUGUGUUAAUGGUCUGCUUCAACGUGUUGGAGUUGCUCCUGGAUGAGACGGCCAUGCCCAGAGGGAUGGAGGACCCUCACCUGGGGAUGGCCUCCUUCUCCAUGUUUGGCUCACUGGGCGCUGCAGUUCAAGUAGUCCUUAUCUUUUACCUGAUGGUUUCGUCUGUGGUGGGCUUCUAUAGUUCUCCUCUCUUCAUUAGCCUAAUGCCUCGUGCACAGGACACCAACCUCACACAGAUGAUUGCAAACUGCGUUUCACUUCUCAUCCUGAGCUCAGCAUUGCCCGUCUUUUCACGCACACUUGGGAUCACACGCUUUGAUCUACUGGGAGACUUUGGACGCUACAACUGGCUUGGGAACUUCUACAUCGUCUUCAUGUACAACAUGCUGUUUGCUGGUCUCACCUCAGCCUCCCUGAUCAAGACGGUCACCUGGGCCGUACAGAGAGAGCUCAUCCGUGCCUUUGGUCUCCACAGACUGCCUUUGACUGUGUCACGCUCCACCGUCCCCUUUAGACUCCUCCUGGCCAGUGGACUGUCUAAAAUCCAGUGAAAUUUCCACUUCACCACUGCCUUUUCUAACCUUAAGAAAGUGAGCCACUUCAAAUGUGCACCCAUUGGAUUCCCUUUGCCAGUAGAUGCAUUGGUUGGGCCUUCUGUGAGGAGACAUGGAACGAUGAGUCUGUCUGCACUGACCAGCAGAGGCUCCAAUUGAAGCUGUGACUAAUAUAUUUGGGUCAAAUUGAGUGACUUUCGAUGACUGCAAGGACAAUUGCUGGUACAAGCAUUUAGCUGAGUCAUAGUUAUGGACUGGAAGGGAAAAGGGAUCUAAGUCAUUUUGGCAGUCCCGCCAUAGUGGACAAUAAUGAGCAUUCCCCCCUCGAAUCAUGAUGACAGAGGAUCAAGUGGAUAACCGUUGUUCUGUCCUUUUGAAAUAUUAUAUUGUAACUGUGACAUCAUUUCCUCUUCCUGCUUCCAGGUUAGUUGACGGCUCUCCCUUUCUUCCCCACGCUUUCCUCUCUUAGGUUGUAAAACUAUUUUAAGAUUGUGAAUCUUACUACCAUGUGGUCCAGUCUGCACCAGUGUUAUGUUAGUUAAUGAGAGGAGGUUGUAGGAGAAAUUAGGACUCGGAGUAUCCUGUAUGUCUGUGGCUCUGUCUGCAGGCUACACAGGGAAUAUGAGUGAGGAAAUCUUGUCAUUGCUGGAGCUCUUUUUAUUAGUGGGUUAAAAAGCAUUUUAUCUUGUGAUUUAUCAUUGAACAGGGUUUUUACUAUUGUAGAUGUCAGUACAUCUAAUGAGUGAGGAUGACUCAUUUGAGAAACAAAAAUAGUCUAAAAGGAAAGCUUUAAACGUUGUGUUAUGCAAGACUUUUAAAUGUCAUGUGACACUCAAUCAGAGGAACUUCUGCCUUUGACCAAUCAAACUGUGAAUUUAUUACAAUUUUUUUUUUUGGGAAGUGCAAUAUUUUAUAAACAACAUUCCACUUUUUAACCUAACCAAAAGCAAUUAAUUUUUUUUGUAUGCUUUCUGUUGAUAUUUGUGACAUGUUUUUUGAUCUCAGUCCUUCAUGUUGACAUCAGAUGAAUGUUUAGAGUCGUUCCAGGAUGUUUUCAAUAAGCAAAUGUGACAAUCAAUGUACACAAUCCUUUCUGAUAUCAGUUUUAUUGCUUUGAUAACUUAAGUUCUAUUGUGUUCGUCAGCUGUAUCUCAUUUUGGUGAUCCUGUGUCACAGUUUAUCUUUGCUGCUGUAUCAGCAGGUUAUUAGCUGUCGGUUUGACCAGCAGGGGGCAGUGUCUUUAAAGGCCCAUACCAUUUUCUCUGAGUCUUGUUAGUUCCUCUUUGGUUAGUCAUUAUAUGUAUUAUACAUGGAACACUCUGAGGUUUACCCAUUUCACUUUCUGGGAAUUUUCUUUUGUUUUGUGAGAAAACUCUUUUUUUAUAAUGUACAGUUUGUUCCAUUAUUUAUAAGCAUGUUGGCUUCUCUACUUCACAUGUCAAGUCUGAAAAAUGUAGAAUGUGAUACAGUUGAGUUAAAAACAUCUUAAGAAUUGUUUUCAAAGCUAGAAAAUUGUGUUUAUUGUUUACUUUUGACAAGCUCUGAGCAGAGUUUGUAACCAUCAUCAUCAUUAACAGAGAGCAAUAAAAGUUGUCUUGUGUUUUUAA